AUGGAGAAUAUGAUGCGAAGGAGGAAGUGGAAAUUCACGGACAAGAAUGAAAUGAGAGAGGAAGAAUGGAAGGAGCUCCUCUUCUGUUUCCUGCUUUGGCAUGAGGAUGAAGGAGGAAGUGAGGAAGAGUCCCGUUUGCAAAGAGUUGAGGGGAGAAGAUUGGAUGAUUUAAUGCGUAGGUCAUUUGAUAUUUACAAUACACUGUUUUCAUCUGGCUUCGUCCUGAAGAUUGAUGAUGGUGACGAGGAAGAAGAUGAAUCUGAGAGUUUUUGA